CUGCGCGCUGCAGAUGUGUCGCAGAUUUAAGAAGUCACUGUACUCAUCUCGUACAAGGAAAUGGAGCAGUGCAAAGUAUAACAUACUGAAUUGUAAACAAGGCAGCGGAAGAGCGGGAACGUGUGCCGCCAUUCUAACAGUGCAUGUGCAUUUUCAUAGUUAUUUUAACGACAAGAAGGAAAAGAACAAAGAUACAUUGACAGCGACUUCAUUAUUUUAGGGGAACAACUUAAAUGAUGGAACUGUCUGCAAUUGGUGAGCAAGUGUUCGCUGUGGAAUCAAUCAUAAAGAAAAGAGUUAAAAAGGGUCAUGUCGAGUAUUUAUUGAAGUGGAAAGGGUGGCCUCCCAAGUACAGCACAUGGGAGCCAGAGGAGCACAUUCUAGACCCUCGACUGGUUUUAGCGUAUGAGGAAAAAGAACAGAGAGAAAUGUCAGUGAGGUGUCGUAAAAGAGGCCCAAAACCGAAAAGACUCUUCAUGCAGAGUAACAUUUACACAAUGGAUCUGCCCAGCGCACAGAAAGAUGCCGAGGAGCUCUCGCUUGACCCUAGGUUCCAGUCCACAGGGGCUUGUAUUUAUCAACGAUUAACCCACCACAAGAAAAAGAAGAGAACAUCCAGAGAGACUUCUGAGGAAGAAUGGGAUAGAAGAGAAGAAGAAGAUGAUGACGAUGAUGAUGAGGGGGUUAUGGAGGAGGAGGAGGAAGAAGAAGAGGACAAAAGACAAGGAGGAACUAAAAUUGGCAGCAACACUUUAAACAAUCACGUCAGGAGAGGAUGCUGGAGUCCAACAACUGAAUCGGAGGCAAUGACUAGAUCUCCUUUACCUGAAGACUGGAGUCCAGUUAUGGGCCCAGAGGAGGUCAUCGUGACAGAUAUCACCAUCAACUCACUGACUGUGACUUUUAGAGAGGCCUUGGUAGCAACGGGCUUCUUCAGGAGCUGGGAGAUGGAGAUCGAACAUUACAGAGACUAAGGGUGGUCAGAACGAGGAGGAACAAGAAUUGGUACAUCCCUUGUUUUGCAUUGUUGAUUAUGUGUUUGCACAACUUCCGCCAGUGUUUCAGACUACAUUUACUUGCACUAUUAGUUCUAAAUGAGUUAAAACGUUCCAAAAUGUUUCAGCGUUUACAAUCAAUCAAAGUAACAGUCCAUCUAAUGACAAUACUGAUAGUAUGAUGAAAUUGUUAACUUGUAUUGACCAUGAAACAAAUCAAGCCAGUUCUCUGAAACUGGAUCUCGGUGAAGUUGACAGAUUUAACUAAAUGGGAUAAACUUCAUUUGGUCUAGUCAUGUAUUUGCAUGCAAUACAUAAUGGUAGUUCAGAGUAAGUCACACAAUUAAGUAUUCCUAAAAGCCAAGCUGUCACAUACACAUUCACAUUACAUGGAUAUGUGUGUGUUUGUGUGUGUGACCCUGGACCACAAAACUAGUCAUAAGGGUACAUUUUUCAAAAGAGGUUUUUACAUCAUCUGAGAGGUGAAUAACUAAGCUUUCCAUUGAUGUAUGGUUUAUUAGGAUAGGACAAGAUUUACAACUAUUGGAAAAUCUUGAAUCUGAGGGUGCAAAAAAAUCAAAAUAUUGAGAAAAUUCAGCAAUGCACAUUGUUUUAAUAUAUUUAUAGUAGAAAAAUUUACAAAAAAAAAUUUAUGGAACGUGAUCUUUACUUUAUAUCCUAAUGAUUUUUGGCAUAAUAGAAAAAUCAUUGUAUGGGUCAAAAUUAUCGAUUUUUCUUUAUGCCUAAAAUCAUUCAAAUAUUAAGAUCGUGUUCCAUGAAGAUAUUUUGUGUAUUUCCUACUGUACUGUAAAUGUAACAAAAGGUAAUUUCUGAUAAGUAAUAUGCAUUGCUAAGAAUUCAUUUGGACAACAUUAAAGGUGAUUUUCUCAGUAUUUCGUUUUUGUUUUGUUUUUUGCACCCUCAGAUUCCAGAUUUUCAAAUAGUUGUAUAUCUGCCAAUUAUUGUCCGAUCCUAAUAAACCAUACAUCAAUGGAAAGCUUAUUUAUUCAGCUUUCAGAUGAUAUAUAAAUCUCAAAUUUGAAAAAUUCACACUUAAGACUGGUUUUGUGGUCCAGGGUCAGAAAAUAUACUUGGUAAACAUGUUCUAAUCUUGACCUUCAAUUUAAAUUGCACACCAGCUCAUGCAGUAAAUUAGAAUUAGUGGCCUACUGAUACCUCAAAUAUGUGAAAUAUAAAAUACAGCGUUUAAACACAGUUUGCCAUCCUUGAUACUUCAUAAACAAAAUAUAAUGGUGUGGGGGGGAAAAUCUGCACUCAUCAUUGCACAAUUAUGUUCUAACUUUGAGCAUAAUAAUGUGUAUGAAGUAAAGUUGCAUUAAAUUUUUUCCCCAGCAUUUGCUUGCUAAUAUCUCACAUCUAUUUGCAGUGUUUGUGCAAUUUUUUUUUAAGUAUGCACCAUCUUGCACAGAAGUCUACCAUGUUAGAUUUAACUUGACUACUGUUUGUAUUUGGUGUUAUUUUAGUCCAAGAUGAAAACUGAGACCCGAAGGCAAAAAUAAUAUUGAUUUCUAUAUUGAGGUAGAUGUAUAUUUAGCCUCUAGGAAUGUCCAUCUCUGGGGGCUCAACUGUUUAGUAUCUGACAUCAUCUGACCUGUAUAUAUUUGAUAGACUAUGUCUGUGCCAAAUGUCUGUGGUUGCUUUUGCUAAGAGUAUUUGCACUUUAAAAUGGAAAACUUGGUAUUAUGAUGCCAUAAAUAAAACCUUGGUGUAACUGUA